AUGACAGACGGAAUCUCGGAUGUUCCAACCAACCUCGCCGUCCCAAAAACAGCCGCUACGCUCACUGUCCGCGUCAUUAAAUCGUUUGAGUUCCGCACCGAGCGCAGCCUUGUCCUGCGCAACAUAAACCUCGAAAAGACUACUGUCGGCGAGCUCAAAGCCAUCGCACGGCAAGCUGUACAAACGCAGCCAGGAUGGAAGCCCUAUCGUAAUGUCGUACUCGAUACCCUCAAACUAUACACGAAGGCCCACGGUGCCAAGACAACCAACUUAAUAAUAAAUCUCGACAACGAGGAUUGGAUUCUGGGCGAGGACUCCAAGACUCUUGCUGAGUACGGUUUCGAAAAUGAAACAGAGGUCAGCUUUUUCAAUUAUGAGCUCUAUAAACAAUUUCAAGCACAUCCAGAGACAAAGUGGGAAAGCUAG